AGUUGAGGAAGAAGAGCGGGAGGAGGGAGUUAGGAGCUGGGCCCACAGUGGGUCAGCGUCUGAACAACCAGGUUGUGGAGGAGAUGGGGCUGUGAGGCUCUUUGGACGGGACUGAGGGGAUCGGGGCUCGGAGAAGACGCGGCUGUGGGAACCCGCACAGGACUUAGGGAACGGGGAUCGAUGUGAGUUCCCCGGCACCUGAGGGAAGCAGUCUGAGAGGGAUAGGAUGUAAGGACCCACGCUCCUAAGAAGAGAGGGUCUGAACAGAACGGGGCGUGAAGACACGGGCUCUUGAGUGGUAAAGACAGGGCAGUGAGGACUUGGACUCUUCAGGAGCAGAAGCGGGACGGUGAAGACCCAGGCUCCUGAGGACUCAGAAACAGGACAGCGAAGACUGAGGUUCCUGAGGGGCAAAAGCAGGCAACGAAGGCAUGAGUUUGGGAGGAAACAGGAACGGGCAGUGAAGAUAGGCUCGGAGCUUUGAGACUCCGAGUUUCUGAGGGAACUAGGCUGUGCGGACCCGAGCUCCUAAAAGUGAAGAUCAGCAUCCGAGGGAAAGUUGAUUGGCCUUGGUCCUCACAGCUCCAAAAAGAAGCAGGAUCUUGAUAAGCUCUAUGAGCUGAAGUCCAAAGCUCGACAGAUUAUGAACCAGUUUGGCCCCUCAGCCCUAAUCAACCUCUCCAAUUUUUCAUCCAUAAAACCGGAACCAGCCAGCACCCCUCCACAAGGCUCCAUGGCUAAUAGCACUACAGUGGUAAAGAUACCAGGCACUCCUGGUACAGGAGGUCGACUCAGCCCUGAAAACAAUCAGGUAUUGACGAAGAAGAAAUUGCAAGACUUAGUGAGAGAAGUGGAUCCUAAUGAGCAGUUGGAUGAAGAUGUGGAGGAGAUGCUGCUACAGAUUGCUGACGAUUUUAUCGAGAGUGUGGUGACAGCAGCCUGUCAGCUUGCCCGGCAUCGCAAGUCCAGCACCCUGGAGGUGAAGGAUGUCCAGCUGCAUCUAGAGCGCCAGUGGAACAUGUGGAUCCCAGGGUUUGGCUCUGAAGAAAUCCGACCCUACAAAAAAGCUUGUACCACAGAAGCUCACAAACAGAGAAUGGCAUUGAUCCGGAAAACAACCAAGAAAUAACACACGGAAAGGUCAGGGAAUGGACAACAAUGCCUUUGGAGAUACUUGAGCUGAGGCCUCAGCCAUCUCAUCCAUGGAAUUUUUUUUUUUUAGUGCUUUACAGAGAAGCAUAUAUUUUUUAUUAACAGUGCAGCAAUAUCUAUAAUGACUGAGAGGAUCUGCCAAAAGAAUAAAGCCUCCUAUCCCACCUUCCAGCCCCUCUUCCCUGCCGUCUCAAAGAGGAGCAGUGUAUCUUCCAGAGAAGAUUUUAUUUGUGGUUUAUUAUAUAAGUGAUUGGAUAUGGGACAGAGCAUCGUGGUCUUGUUUGGUGAGACAGUAUUAGCAGGAUGUGUAGAGGUUUUUGUUUCCUUCUCCCCUCGCCUUUCCUGUACUUUGUAAUGUCAGUGUUUAUAUGAAUAUGACUUUAAUUUGCUUUUACAGAAUAAAGACGUUAUUAAUUGAAAGACACAGGACGCGUGGCUUACAGCCUU